AAGCCAGCAGACAAGCCACUUGUGAUUACGUGUAGAGAGCGAACAAACACGAGUACUCAACACUUGACUCGACUCAAGACUGUUCGCUUGAAUGCACCCGCCUCGCGUCGAUCUUCGCCUUCGUGCAUGCACGCAUUCGCAAGUAUUCAGACGUGCGCCUCUAUGCGUCAUGAGUAUUGGUCUGACUGAUGUGUAUUUCCUGCCUUCACAGGCUCGUUGCACUUCCUCAGCUGCCUUCGAUGUCGCAACAUCAAUCGUAGAGCAUCCAAGAGCGCAACGUACAAGACAUUCCCAAUAGGCAAAGCAUCUCAGAGACGUCGAGGCCGGGGUCCACUUCUCAAGGCCGAGCUCAUUGGGGUGAAGAGAAGCAUCAU